CCGUAGCUUCAAAAAUCCGUGAGGAGAACCGACAGCAGACCAGUUUAGUUCAAUUUGCUCCCAGUUGUUGAGAAGAAAGCGUUGCAGGAAAAGCAGAAGAACAAAAUGAGGGAAAUAGUACAUAUCCAGGCUGGCCAGUGCGGCAAUCAAAUUGGUGCUAAGUUCUGGGAGAUCAUCUCUGAUGAGCACGGUAUCGACCCAACUGGCACCUACCACGGUGACUCCGACCUGCAGCUUGAGAGAAUAAAUGUCUACUACAAUGAAGCAUCGGGUGGAAAGUAUGUACCCCGCGCUAUCUUGGUGGAUCUUGAACCCGGCACAAUGGACUCUGUCCGAUCUGGGCCUUUCGGUCAGAUUUUCAGACCUGACAACUUUGUUUUUGGUCAGAGUGGUGCUGGCAACAACUGGGCUAAGGGACACUAUACCGAAGGUGCUGAGUUGGUCGACUCUGUGUUGGAUGUGGUAAGGAAAGAGGCAGAGAGUUGUGACUGUCUUCAGGGUUUUCAGCUGACCCACUCCUUGGGAGGUGGAACUGGUUCUGGCAUGGGCACGUUGCUUAUUUCCAAGAUCAGAGAGGAAUAUCCCGAUAGGAUAAUGAACACGUACUCAGUUGUACCUUCGCCAAAGAUAUCGGACACUGUCGUUGAACCUUACAAUGCCACAUUGUCUGUCCACCAGUUGGUUGAAAAUACUGACGAAACAUACUGCAUUGACAAUGAGGCCCUCUAUGACAUUUGCUUCAGGACGCUGAAACUCACGACUCCCACAUAUGGUGACCUGAACCAUCUGGUGUCCCUCACAAUGUCUGGUGUGACAACUUGCCUAAGGUUCCCAGGUCAGCUGAAUGCCGAUCUCCGUAAACUUGCUGUCAACAUGGUCCCAUUCCCACGUCUCCACUUUUUCAUGCCCGGCUUCAAAACAAUGGUUAUAGGAGAGAAAUAG